AUGUCAGUCGGGGAUAUCGCCGAUUUCACUGUGAUGAGAUCGAAGAGGUCAAUUGGCAUCCUAGAUGAAAGCAACACAGACAUACUAACCUCGAACGCCUGCCGGAGAUACUCAGCUACUCUGAAGGCAUUACAUGCUAGCAAUCAACUGCUAGAAAGCAGAGCACAAAAACUAAACAACAAUCUUGUUGGGCUCGAGCUAGACGUCAUGAGAGUCCAACGCCACAUAGCCUCUCACGGGGAGCUUCUGAUGACAUGGCAAGCCGACAUCCUUACGCGUCUUGUCGAGGUUGUGUACAAGCGGAGUGGGUGGAAAAUGCCGGGAGGUAUCACUGCCAGUUCUCAUGAGGGCAUGGAUGAACCGAAAGUUACUCUGAUGUAUAGGACUGCGGCGCGGAAGAUCAAAAAGGAGACGUUGAGGAGGAAUUUCGGCCUUUCGGUGCAAUACUACCUUGCCCUGCAAAGGUAUGACGAGAUUGUCUGCUUUCGAAGCAUGAAUCGGACUCGUUCAGAGUGCACGUUCGCUCGAUGGUUGAUGUCGCAAAAGGAGACUCACGGUCGAAUCGGUCUGUUCAAGUUCUGGGCAAGAUUGUUUCCCUUAUGCUACGGUCGGACUGUGAAAGAAACAUCGGAGAUGUUCUGA